AUGUCCCAUUCUCAGACCGACCGACUCUCUUACGAAGAUGUCGCCGAUGCAAAGCAGCGCUCGUCGGAUCACGUCGAAGACUAUAGCAAUGUGACCACGAUUGAUGAUAUUCAAGUAUUGGGCUUGAAUGCAGACGAUGAAGAAUUCUAUCGGAAUUUUUCGCCUAUAAGGAGGAAAAGCCUGUUAAAAAAGGUCGACUACCGGCUUGUUCCUAUGCUUGCACUUUUAUAUUUGGUCUCGCAUUUGGACAGAGCCAAUAUUGGAAACGCAAAAACGGCCGGAAUGACCUCUGAUCUCAACUUGAGUGGAAUUCAAUACAAUAUCGCACUCAGCCUAUUCUUCAUUCCAUAUGUUCUCCUAGAGGUCCCAAGCAAUAUGCUUUUGAAGAAUUUCGCCCGUCCUUCGGUCUAUCUAGGGAUUCUCGUUAUAUCCUGGGGCAUUAUUAUGACAUUGACUGGUGUUGUCCAGAAUUUUGGUGGCCUGGUAGCAGUGCGAAUAAUGCUGGGAGUAUUUGAAGCGGGCUUCUUCCCGGGAGCGGUCUACCUAUGUUCGUUUUGGUAUAUGCCUAAAGAUCUCACAACUCGUAUCGCUGUCUUCUAUUGUGCGAGCGCCCUUUCAGGUGCAUUUUCCGGACUCCUAGCAGCGGGGAUCUCCAAAAUGGAUGGUGUGGGUGGCUACGCAGGCUGGCGCUGGAUCUUCCUUCUAGAAGGUCUUGCAACCGUCAUUGUUGGAGUCAUUUGCUUUUUUUGUCUUAUCGAUUCACCUCGUUCUUCGGGGAAAUGGCUGGACCCCGAUGAAAUUCGCUUUUUGGAACUACAACAUUUCAUCAAGGAGGGUGGCCAGUUCCGCGAAGAGAAGAAACGUGUAUCUUGGAAAGAUAUCAGAGCAGUUUUGUUGAAUUGGAGAAUGUACCUACUGGCCUACAUCCUGCUCUGCCAGUCCGCAUGCUCUUACGGAACAAAAUUCACACUCCCCACUAUUACAGAGGGAAUGGGGUUCUCGGGCUCUAAUGCCCAGCUUAUGACAGUCCCGCCAUAUGUUGCCGGUGCAGUGUCGGCUAUAUUUUUCUCGGUACUGUCAGAUCGUUUCUAUUGGCGUAUGCCAUUUGUGGUAGCUCCUCUUUUACUUAUCGUGAUUGGGUACGCCAUAAUUAUUGGAAUUGGUGGCCAUCUGGCUUCGCAUAUCGGUCUUGGAUUCUUCGCAAUCAUCCUCACUUGCAUGGGUAUCUAUCCCACUCACCCGUCGACAACUGCCUGGACAAUGAAUAACCUGGCACCUUCAAAUCGCCGUGCAAUCGGCAGUGCUUUCAAUAUCUGCGUUGGAAACAUUGGCGGCAUUAUUGGUAGCUACAUGUACCUUGACCGUGAGGAACCAACUUACCACACCGGAUUCGGCCUAUCGCUGGCGUUUGGUGGUACUGCACUACUGGCAGCCUUGGUGCUGGAGCUUUCUUUCAUGUGGGGCAACAAGCGGAAGAGCGCGAUGAACGAAGCCGAAAUUCGGGAUCGCUAUAAUGAUGAGGAAUUGCUGGCAAUGGGAGACAAAUCGCCUUUGUUUAAGUAUACGCUUUAA